ACAAACAUCCCCAGCUCAAAUUUGGUGUUGACAGACGUAACGCAUGCGCAUGCCUAUAUAAGGCAACGUGGACCUCUAUUGUCUUCCCAUUUGCCUCCAUUAUUCCUCCAAGCCCCUGUCCCUCUCUCAAUGCGCAAUGCAUACGUAUCACAAAGGGUUCUUUCUCUAGAUUUCGGUGGGGAUUGAGUUGUUUCUUGUGAAAUUCCUGGGGAAUUCAGGCUGGUCCGAAGGGCAAUCAGGGGAGGCGAGAGGAAGAGCAAGAAAAGCCGGCGGUCCAAACAAUCGACAAUUAAUGGAGGAGAAGAAGAAGGACCUGCUCCGGAAGCUGACGAUCAUCUCGAUCCCGUUCGUGUUCGUGGCGAUCCCUUCGGUGGUGAUCAUCGUGGGCAUGCUGUCCCCGCACGCGGCGGAGCCCCGGGACGACGGCUCGGCGCCGGCGCCGCCGGGGCGGAACCACUCGGUGUCGAUGCUGAGCACCAUGACGGGGGGCCAGAUGAUCCUCAGCUGCCGCGCCGCCUUCUCCGGCAACUGGGAGUACUUCCACUACUUCAUCCUCGACCCCUACAAGCCCCAGCAGGCCUUCUUCCAGCCGCAGGCCGAUCCCUACGUCAUCUUCUGCAAGUGGGGCUACAUGGGCAACUUCCUCCAGGACGUCGUCGUCUUCAACAGCACCGCCGCCUGGGCGCCGCAGUGCCGCGUCGACCGCGGCGGGUGCCGAUACCUCUUCCAGGACGGCCACAUGUUCCUCGUCACCGGGAAGCACUUGCGCCACGGCCCCGUGCCGGCGGCGAAGGUGUCGGAGUCGGAGGAGGAUCCGGGAGCGCCGGCGCCAGCGCCGGGUCCGGCCCCAUCAUUGGCUCCGGCGGCUUCGCUUCCGGCCGCCGCGCCGGCGCCAAGGCAGGGGCGGGAGAAGACGCUGGUGGGGGACGUGGUGCUCAGGGAGUGCCGGCACGUGCUCGGGGUGUUCCCCACCAUGUGCCGGACGAAGCCGCACCACCACGAGUACGUCGGCAAGAUCAUCGGCCGCUGGCGGUGGUGGUUCAACUACUAGCUCACCUGCUAAUGGCAGAUUGCCAUC